UCGACAACAUGAGGGAGCAGCCAUAAUGUCGUUUUCGAUGGUUUCACAUGUAAAGGACUCAGUACCCUCCAAAAGCCAUUGCCAAUGGAUUUCAUCUCCUCAUGGCUUCGAUUUGGACAUAUCCCAUAUAUACAUAUAAAUACAUAUAUAUAUUUGAGCAUUCCUUGUUCUUGUUGCUUAAGGAAUCAGUUAUGAAGAACUCAUCGGUUUUCAUGGUGGAUUCCGUUGAUGAAGACUGUGAUUAUCUGUUCAAGGCGGUUUUGAUCGGGGACUCUGGAGUUGGGAAAUCAAACUUGCUGUCCAGGUUUUCGAAAGGCGAAUUCCGGCUGGAUUCCAAGCCCACCAUCGGUGUCGAGUUCGCUUACCGGAAUAUCAAGGUUGGUGACAGACUCGUCAAGGCUCAAAUAUGGGACACUGCCGGCCAAGAAAGAUUCAGAGCGAUCACCAGUUCAUACUACCGUGGAGCGCUUGGUUCGAUACUAGUGUAUGACAUAACUCGGCGAAAAUCCUUUGAGAAUGUGGAGAAAUGGUUGCGUGAGCUCCGGGAGUAUGGUAAUUCGGAUAUGGUUAUUGUUCUUGUAGGAAACAAAUUGGAUUUGAGCCACUCGAGAGAGGUCACCGAGGAAGAAGGUAGAAAUUUUGCGGAGGCGGAAGGGAUAUGUUUCAUGGAAACUUCGGCUCUAGAGAAUGUGAAUGUUGACAGACUUUUUUUGGAUAUGAUUUCUAAGAUUCAUGAAAUAACGAGCCACAAGAGUUUGGACACCAAAAUGGAUGAUCAAACUAGUGCGAGUCUUCACGCUGCGAAAGAAAUCAUUCAUAUUGAUGAUGAUAAUGAAGUCACGGCUACUAAACAAUCUAGUUAUUGUUGCUCGAGAUAAUUUUGCUUAGUUCAUAACUUCACAUAUGCACUCCAUGUCCAUGGAGUGAGAAAGAGAGGGAGCUUGUAUAGAAUUGAAGAGUUUUGAUGUUGAUUUCUUUCGGAUUGGUUAUACUCGGAUCCGAUUUAUUAAUCCAUAUUUUCCAUUUUUACUUCUUACUA